AUUACGAAAACACAAGCGCAUAAAUGUCUCUCCGCGAUAUUUUCAUAAGAAAUGACUUCUACAAAUGACGGAAAAGACGUGAAAAGUAAUCCAAAAAGUAGUCAAAAAGGCAAAACAUAUUAUAUUGAACUUUACAAGUCGCUUGAGUCGCGUCUGAGCGGCGAGAGCAGCGGCGACGAGCGCACGCGGUGCGUGGGCGAGGCGUGGCGGCGCGUGCACAGCCUGUGCGGCCACUCCGCGCCGAGCACGCACCCGCACCUGCUGUGCUGGCUGCAGCGGCACACCGCAAAGACUGUGCUGCAGACAGAAUGGCCGAAGAGCCACGACCAACACACAAUACUGAUAGACGCGAUCGACGCGUUCCUACAAGACUGCACUGAAGCGAUAUCUAGACGCAAUGGGGAGAGGCUCGUCUGGGAGACGCAGCUGCAGCAGUGGGCUGAGGGCUUCAAGAAGAUUCUGCCGAACCCCUGGGGGCAUCCUGUGCUGCAGGCUCUGCUUGGUGGACAGGUGCCGGGCGAUGAAGAGAUACUAGAAUGGCUGAAACAGGAGCGCGGCGUGAUGUUAGUGACGCGGCUGCGGCAAAUGGUCGCGUCCAAGUCGUGCGUGGAUCUCGCGCUAAAGCUCGCCGCUACAUUACGCACGCGCACACGACCGGCGAUGACACCAGAUGCAGAUGGAGCGCCAGAGAGUACAGAAGCCGCGCAAGAAACAACAGAGUUCGCAGAUGUAUUGCGGCAAGAGGCCGGCUUCACGCCGGACGUGUGGAACUUCCUCAUGGACAUUGAGUUUGUUCUACUGGACAAGGUCAAUAAUAGACCUGCGUGCAUUGAAUUGGCAAAACAAAUACCGUUUCGGGAAGCUUGCCCGCUAGUGGAGAGACUCAACAACCGGCUCGAGUCGUCGCCGCAAGAAAAGAAACUGUGGAAGAACGCCAAAGAAGUCGCCGCGCUUGUAGCACAGGUGGUGAUAGCGAGAUGCAUGCUGGUACCGGUGUGCCGCGGUGACGUGCUGAUAGCCCUCUACGGCUGCUUUCGCUCCGUAGUGCACAUGUUGGGCGAGGAGAAGCUGGCCACCUGCAGUGUGGGGCUCGCAGCCCUGGCCACCACGGCCAGGCACCUGCACACCAUGGCUGCUGCAGCUCAUAAACAGCUUAAGGGAGAGAGGACACCAUUUGUUUGUCAACUGUAUGUGCGAGCAAUCACCGCCGGCAUGAAUGAAUUGGAAAAACUUAAACUUGCCACUGAAAAGGAAGCCGAAGCUCGUUCCACGGAGCAGACUCUAUCAUCCUGGUUCAACCACCUCGGCUCAUUACUGUCAGCCAGCCACAGACUGAGCUGCGAGUGCUUGCUGACCGCGUUCUCAGUGCACCCCUCGCCGGCUAUGUAUGAUAAGGUCAAGGGGGCUCCACUAUUGGAGGCUAUAAAGGACCUUCAAGAGCCAAACCUGGAAACGACAUCCGAAUUCGGCAGCUGGGCGACCGACAGCCGCACGCAAACGAACCUAGUGAAAACAUCAGAGACGCUAAACAUGAAACAUAUCCAGAAACAGGCGAAUGUGUUAUCUACCGCCAUCUUCACUGAGGGCGAAGCGCUAGGACUCGAACCGGAGCUGUGCAAUGAUUUGGCUGUACUGCUGUCCGGUCCCAGGGUGAAAACACUCACAUGGGAUAUGGAACGGGAAGUUCUCCUGGAAAACUGCAGGACAUACAUGGAGCGGACACACGGCGGCACGCGGGCUCUAACCACUGAGCUCAAGUACCUCAACUUGGACCCCCGCUCGUACGAGCACUUGCCAGAGGAAGACGACAAUGAAGACGAUGUCUAUUAUGGAAUCGAAAAAGGUUACGAACAUUUGUUAGAAGCACAAGAAGCUUCGCCAGAAUAUCAUCCGCAAUUAUGGCAAGACCCUUUUCUGGAAAGUCCAUCUAUUAGCAGCGACGAAUCCUUAAUGGUCGUCAAACAGCGUAAAAAGAAAAAGAAACGAGCCCUCGUUGUAGAUCCACUGAAACUUGACUCUGAAACAAACAGUAAUAAAGAAACUGAGCGCUCUAAUAGCAUAGGAAGGACUAAAUCAACUUCAAGAGACGCCACACCGCAUCACAGCCAAAGCAGUCAAGAUGCAGAUCACACAGAUACAAAACCCAGCAUUGAGUCCAAAGAAGAUAAGAAAUUAAAGAAGGAGAAAAAACAAGAACUUAAAAAAGAAAAGAAGGAAGUGAAAGAACGAAAGAAGAGAGAGAAGUCAAAUAUCAGACGUGAGACUAAGACAGACAAACAGGAGGAAGUGGGUGGAAACCUAGCGCGAUUAGUUGGUAUGAAAGUUGUUAGGAAGACUGAUGAAGAAGACAAGAUUGAUAGGAACAAUGCUCUUAAAUUACAGAGCAUAAACAAUGAUGGAAAAAUGGCCCAGAAGGCUGAUCAAAAUAAACUAAUGGAUAAUAAAAAUAAUAAAUUGAAUAACAUUAGCAAUGAAAGCAAACCGUCUGAUAAAUCACAUGAGAACAGCUCUGUCGUUUUCGAUGGACUAUUCUCUAUGGAGGACAUGAAGUUUCCGGAUACGCAAAUUAUCGCUCAGGAUAAAACACAUAACAUAUUAUCUUUUAACCCACUCAAUCCCCCUCCAUUAGCUCGCAUCAAGCCAGAUGUAAAAGAUAAUACGUCAAAAUUAAGUACAAAUAACAAAAUCAACGAGGAAGUUAAGACAAGUGUAAAAAGAUUAAUUGAUUUUCGCCGUCAUAAGCCGGAUCAUAAAGUGGGUGAUUUACUGCAAUGCAAGGAAACACUUUUGAGUGAGCAGGCCCUACUCGAAACUGCUAGACCGAAAUUAGUUCCAGUGCCGGAUAUUCCAACAGCUGUUAUUGCAAAAAAUUUGGAAUCCCCAAAUGUGCCAAAACCCCAGUCUUCGAAAGAGACCAAUACUCGAAACAACGUGAAAUCUUCCGAAAACAAAUCUCGGCAAAAGACGAAUAAACUACACGAAAAAGCUGCAAAAGAAACAGCCAGUCAGAGAGCUUUCGAAGAAUUCCUUAAGCUGCAAUCAUAUAAAGCGGUGAAUCUGUUAGCAUCGGGUCCACGACCACAGCCAAUUGCAAAAGUCGAUAAUGUAACUCAGAAGAAAUUUGAACAUUUAUUGGGUCAAAACGUAAAAAAUCCAUCAUCAAAAAUAAAUAAAUCAAAGCCGCAAGAUUUAUCGCAAAACAGUGUGUCACAGAAAGUAACACCAAAGCCACCUUGUAAUGUAGAUGUUCCCAUAAAUAAAGAUGUUACACCGAAUCCAACCCAAAUACCUGAUACGAAAUACCCCACUACGAUAUAUGAUCCAACUCAGCAACAUUUUCAAAAUUUUUUAAAAGAACUACAACAAAGUAUUAACGCGGGCACGUUUGUCAAACAAAAGCCGGAAAAUAAAUCGGCCGAGAAAUUGACAGGACCCAAGAUUUUAAAACAGAAAAUAGCUGAUAAUGCACCGAAUACUUUUGCUCGUCUUAGCUAUUUGCAUAAAAGUAAGCAAAUGGAGAAUAAAAUGAAGACCGAAGAAAAAAUGAGAGCUAAGAUUGACUCGAAUCAGUUAACUACGGAUCUUGAUAAAAUGUUGCAUCUUCAAUCAAAUGGCCAAAUUGUUAUAAGCCGAGUGAACAAAAAUCAAGUAAAAAAAUCGAUAGAUCCAAUUCCCGUUCGGAGCGCAAAGAAAGAAACGUCUCCAAUCUCGAAAAUUGCACAAAAUCAUCCGCAUCUCAUAAGCUCUAUACAGGCUAAAUCUACAAUUGUGAAUUAUAAUCCAAACAUAAAUUUGCAUAAUAAUUUGAAUCCCCAAUAUUCAACUAAUGUUAAAGUUGAAACUGCUUCUACAUCAACCGCGUUGUCAGAAAAAGAUCAAGCCGAUUUAGUGCUUCUCUUGAGGCAAAAAAAUAAAUUGAAUGCAGGAUAUUUUGCUCAAAAUAAUACGAACUUCAAUAAUCAGUUUUAUUCAUCAUGUUCCACGACAAAUAUCAUAGAUUCAACAUUGAAGUGUCAACCAAAUGUACAAACGCAAAAUUCAAAUUUAUUACAGCAACCGAUCCAUAACUCCAUUUCAAAUAUAUCUAAACAAUCUGAGACAUCCGUGAUAAAGCAGAUAUCAGGGAGCAGUCAAGACCUAAUUAAAUCAAUACCAAUUUCUAAUGAAAUAAAAACAAACAUAAAUACGAAUACUGUAAUUAAAACAGUUAAUUCUGUUGCUCCAAAGUAUAUUCAGUUCAAAGUUGUUCCAAAAGAUGAACAGGAAGUGUAUGAAAUUAAAAAUGAUUUGAACUUAAAAGAGAGCUGUAAUUUUCGGGAUUCAAAACCAAAGAAGGAGAUUAUUGAACAUGUGCCCAUGGUUGACAAUUUUACUCAUUUGGAUGAAUACUUACGUUUUCAUAAUAAUUUUCAGCCAGUCCAACCUCUACAUGUACAAAACAUGGAUAAAAACACAAAUGAAGUUGCCCCAGCAAUAAUACCAGAACCGCAAAUGAAUAUGUUCACGACAAGUAACAUGGAAAUAAGGAAAUCUGAGAAGGAUAAAUUAAAUAUUAUGAUCUGUCCCAGCACUCAAGAAAAAGUAGAAACUAUAAUAACACCGCCCGUGAAACAUCCACCUUUUCAAGUAAAGCCUGCUGACACUAAGAAGAAGUCUGUGCCAAAGGUUGCUCAAACUGCAACAAAACCGCAACCGGUUGAAACACCCAAGAGUGACUGGGAAAGUGUUCUUGACGAUCUCCUAAAACACAAAACUCCGAGCCGAGGCCCCAAGGCUCUUGACGUCGCCCUCAAAAAGGAUUCUUUUGAUAAACAUUUACCACAAAAACAAAAGACCGAAACAAGUACAAAGAAAGGUCGUGGAGUUAAUAAUGAAUCAGCUAUUAAAAAUGAUGAUGCAGCUGCGAAGAAUACCAUAGAUUCCCAAGGUCUCCAGCCCUUUAAAGAAACUAAUUCUUUAAAUUCCGUGCUUGACAAGAAACCGAACGAGCCAAACUCGACCCAAAAGUUUGUUAAAGUGAACUCCAAGGAGGAGGAGGACCCCUUUAUAUCAGGAAUACAUAAUUCUGACUAUGACUUAUUAGAUGAACUUAUGGACGAAGACCUACGCCAGGAAAUUGAUGAUGCAUAUUGCCCCAUCGAUCUUUAUACUCCGAAAGAAAAAGAAACCUUAAAUACAACUAGUAGUACCUUUAUGACUACAGAAAAUUUUAUUCCCAAAGAAAUUACAAAAUCAACUGUAUCAGAUCUAUGUGCAAAUAUUCCAAAAUCAACAGUAUCUGAUCUAUGUGCAAAUAUUGGAACAAAUGUUCAAAACAAUGUUAUUAAAUGUAACAACCCAAAAAGUGUUAUUUUAAACAUACCAAAGAGAUCUUCCAGUAUUGCUCCGUCGGACAGUAAACCCCGUGUUAUAUCAAAUGAGUUAAUCGUGAGCAAGACUAAAGUUGACAAAAAUAUAAGUAAAAAAUCGAAAGCUAAGCAAAAUAUCACACAAAAACCCACCAUAAAAGCUGAUACCAAAAUCAUCACUAACAAUUUACAGAUCAAUCCUAAGCAGUCAGAAGGUGUUAAUAUUACCACCCCGAUUAUAAGUAUCGUGAAGAAAUCUAGAAAAGGAAAUUGUAUUUCAAAUAUAUACAAAAAUAAAUUAGAAAUACCAACAAGUUCUAUACAGACUGUGGAUCCAGCAAGAGUUAUUAUUGCUCCGCAGUUAAAAGCAUCACAGAAUUUGAUGAUGGAUAUAGGUGUGAGAAAUAACUCACACCAAUUACAUCAACACACACUUAUUGCAUCAAGCCCAUAUAGUGUAACAGCAACAUCAAAUGUCGGCUUAAAUAAUCUUCCGCCAACUUUAAAACAAGUUGUAAGUCCUGUCAUUGUGAAUAAUUUUGUUGGCUCAGCAUUGACAAAAACAUCCAUAAAUACUCUACCGACGCAAAAAAUUAUAACUUUGGAUGGACGAGACAUAAAAUUACAAUCACCUGUAAUCGCAGCUAAUAAUCUUAGUAAAAAUAACGUUACUACAGAAUGUAGUAUUGCUCAUACGCAAGCGAAAAGAAAAAAUCUUACCACAAAAUCUGGAUUGAAUAAGACUACAAAAGUUAAAGAUGAUGCUAAAAAUUAUCUUAAUCGAGGUUCCUGCUUAGUAAAAUCCAUUGUACAAAAUAUGGAUGCACUUAAAAAGCCAAGUAUAGAUGAAGCAAUUCUUAACAACGAAAGGAAAGUUUUAUCAGAAGUACAAGAAAAAUUACAACAUGUUCCAAGUGAAAAGUGUGAACCAAAAAAUAAUAUUGUAAUCAAUAAGAAGAAUUUAUUUGACAAAGAUAUAAAAGCUCAAGAAUCUACAGAAUCUAAGAAUAAUAUAGUGACAGUUAAGAAAAAGAUAUUUGAAAAUGAGGUAAAAUCAUGUGAAUCGAAAGAAAUAAAUAGUAAUCAAAUUUUGAAUGAAAAGAGUGUAUUUAAAAAUAAGCCAACAUUACAAGAAUCCUUCGAGGAAAAAAAUACAUUACCAGCAGAUAAUAAAAAGAUAUUUGAAGAAUCUGGUGUUACAAAAAAUAUACUUACAAUACAGAAGAAUUUAAUUGAAAAUCCAUUAUAUUCAAAAGAAACUGUUGACAAAGAAAGGAUACAAAACAAAAGGAUGUUGAUCCUAAAUAAACAAUCAAUUCACAAUUAUUGUCGAGACCCUAUAGCUCUUUCUUACUCUCCACUGAAUCAAUCUACACCUGUAGAUAAAAAACUGAAAAUUGAAAAAACGCAUACGAUUCCGGCAGGUUCUGUUUCAGAGAAUAUUGCGAAAAAUUUCAAUUUAGAACAAACAUUAAUGGUAUCUCGAUCACGAACAUGCCAAGAAGUAAAUAAGAAGGAAGUCAAAAAAUGCUACGACAAAGUAUCAUUAUUAGAAAAAGACUGUGUAGAUAAGAUUUUAUCAGAACAAUCAAAUAUUGAUAGCAAUUUAAGUGGUAAUACUACUAGAAUAAUAGAUCAAAUUAAUGGAGUAAUAAAUGCUGAGGUGCCAGUUGUACAGCAAAAAUCUAACUGCUAUUUAAAGUCUCCAAAUGACUUGAAUAUUUGUGAAGAAGCUCAAUCAUCACAAAAACUCGGAAAGUCACUAUUAAAAUCCAAAAAAGGUUUAUUAAAACAAAACGAUACACAUUCGGCUUACCCAGAUAUUCAGAAAGAUCUUCGAAAGGUUGUAGAAAAUCUUUCUAGUAAAAUUCCUAAACUGAGCAGUAAUAAACAAACAACAGAAAUAAAAAACAUCACUACAAAUAUAAAUGAAACUGUAAAAGCAAUUGAUAUAACAGAUGAUAAAAAUAAACUGAUUCAAAGUCCGAACCUAGACAAAAUAUGUAAACUGAGCGAUGAAAAUCAAAUACCUGAAAGUACCAUUGACGUGAUGAAUUCCGUCCUCCGUGAAACGAAAAACUCUGCAUAUAUAAAGCAAAAGGAUAUCUCUAUAUCUACUACUGCAGGAAUCGAGUCCAAUUUAAAUUCCUCAAAAGGCUUUAUACAUACAAAAAUUGAAGAGCAUACCAAUUCAAGCAAUAAAGAAGAAAAGGUGAAGACAGACCCUUUAUUGGACAAGUAUAGAGAUCAAAUAUAUUUCGAGGAAGUACCCCGUGAACCCAAUGAUGAUCCAUUAAAAAGAGUUAUCAGAAUAAAGUUACCUAAUGGAUCUACUUUUAGAGCUACCAUAUCUGGAAAACUUGAUAUAAAUGUCGAUUCAAUAUUUACCGAUCCUCAGAUGAAAUCGAUACUAUUUAACAGUACUAUUAAAAAUAAGAAAUGUACCCUCAACCUUAGACAGGUUACGGUCGCUGAUAAGAAUAAUUCGGCAGAGAAAAAUUUUGUUAACGAAAUUUUAUAUCCAAAAAAUCUAUCUGAUGAUCCUGAAACAAUAAAUCUAAUAAGCGACGACGAAGAGGCAAGUAGCGAAGAACCUAUUAAAUAUGUUUUUCAAACAGAAUUUGGUGAUUACUGCGUUCCUCUUAUUGAAAAAGAAGAACUUCUAAAACACCAAAAAAGAUUUUCACAGAAGUGCUCUGUGAGAAUAGAACGAGGUGAUAUUUUUAAGAAAAUUCGUGCAGCUAAAUCUUGUCUAAGUUUAGAAUCGAAUAAAAUAUGUGGUGUUCAAGAUUUACAAAUAGUUGACGAAAAGUUACUAAAUGAGGAUGACGAUAAUAUUAUUGAAAUAGAUGACAGCUCCAACGAUUCUGUAAGCAAUAUAAACAUUAUAAAUUCGCCUAAAAGAGAAUCAAACAUAAGGCCCAAACUGAGCACAGACCUUGACGUGCUUAAAAACUCCAUCAUAAAAGGACUUCGUAUCUCUAAUACUUUAGAAACAAUAGUCGAUGAUGAACCGACUAUUCUUGAGGAAAAUGAGUCUGCUAAAAUUGGAGAUUUUGAAAGCAUUUUAAGAGAAUCAAUGAAUGAAGAAAAAACUAAAUGGAUGAGCAGUUGUUUUGUGAAACUUAUUAGGUGUGACAGUGACAUUUCAAUAAAUAAUGACAAAGAAGAUGCAGAUGUAACACCCGAUGAUUUACCGUCUUGUUUACAUCGUAGCGGUUCGUUCUCUAUUUUAAAUGAUUAUUUGAUUGAUAACGUAAAUUUAGGAGAUUACAUAACAAAUAAAACAGACGAAUCUUCAGAAAUAAAAUAUCAACGUAGCUUACAUUGUGACUCAGAAUGGCUCUUGACAAAAGCUUCUCUACACGAUAUAGCAUUAAAAAAUGUUCCAAUUGACAAUUGUAUCCAAAGUGAAGAGAGACCUUUGAAUGAAAUUCAUGACGUUUCAACGGACUAUGAAAGUGAUUUAGACAGUAAUUCUUCACUUACUACUGAACAUAAUAUUAACCAAUGUGUGCUUCAAAAUCAAAAACCACCGAGCUUAGUAUCAAUCGUGACUAAAUACUUCGCCAAUAACCCCAUGAUUGACUUGUUAAAACCUAUUGUUAGAACUAUUGAAGAAAAGUCAGUUCAGUCAGUAAAUUUGAAAAGAAAGACUAUGUAUGUUUCAGAUCAAGAUAUAACUAAAUGCAAAAUUUCUAAAACAAAUGCCACUUUAAAUAAAAAAUUGAAAUGUGUUGCUCCUAAUGAUACUUAUUUCCACAAUAUUGUUAAUACUGAAGCCGUUGAAGGAAAUUGUCUCAAGAACGAUAUUAUGGUACACAAUGAAACGGUUGAAGAAUUUGUGACGAGUGAUGAAAAGACUUCAAUUCUAAAUAAAGACGAAAUACAGAUAUCAACUACCAAACAAGAACAAGAAAAUAAAUGUGAAAAUAAUAUAUCGAGUAAUUUGAAAGAAGAUAAAAUAAUUACCGAAAACACUUCGAGUGAUACAAUUUUUUCAGAUGGCAAUGAUGACUUAAGCAUGACUACGUCAACUACCAAACAAGAACAAGAAAAUAUAUGUGAAAAUAAUAUAUCGAGUAAUUUGAAAGAAGAUAAAAUAAUUUCCGAAAACACUUCCAGUGAUACAAUUUUUUCAGAUGGUAAUGAUGGUUCAAGGAUGAUUACGUCAACUACCAAACAAGAACAAGAAAAUGUAUGUGAAAAUAAUAUAUCGAAUAAUUUGAAAGAAGAUAAAAUAAUUACCGAAAACACUUCGAGUGAUACAAUUUUUUCAGAUGGUAACGAUGACAUAAGCAUGACUACGUCAACUACCAAACAAGAACAAGAAAAUAUAUGUGAAAAUAAUAUAUCGAGUAAUUUGAAAGAAGAUAAAAUAAUUACCGAAAACACUUCGAGUGAUACAAUUUUUUCAGAUGGUAACGAUGACAUAAGCAUGACUACGUCAACUACCAAACAAGAACAAGAAAAUAUAUAUGAAAAUAAUAUAUUAUCGAGUAAUUUGAAAGAAGAUAAAAUAAUUUCCGAAAACACUUCUAGUGAUACAAUAUUUUCAGAUGGUAACGAUGACUUAAGCAUGACUACGUCAACUACCAAACAAGAACAAGAAAAUAUAUGUGAAAAUAAUAUAUCGAGUAAUUUGAAAGAAGAUAAAAUAGUUACCAAAAAUACUUUCAGUGAUACAAUAUUUUCAGAUGGUAAUGAUGGUUCAAGGAUGAUUACGUCAACUACCAAACAAGAACAAGAAAAUGUAUGUGAAAAUAAUAUAUCGAGUAAUUUGAAAGAGGAUAAAAUAAUUUCCGAAAACACUUCUAGUGAUACAAUAUUUUUAGAUGGUAAUGAUUGCUUAAGGAUGACUACGUCGUCAAUAGAUGAAGAAGGUGACAGUGAGAAUUUACGCACCACUUCAUGUUUUGAUUAUACAUAUAUAGGAAGAUGCGUUGUUGAAGAAUUUCUCAAACGAGAAAAAGAAAGUUGGCACGAAAAUAGCAUACAAGUUAAUAAAACAAAAUAUGAAGGCAUUACCGAUAUCAAGAAUAGUACCGAUGAUAUGAAUGAUAAUGAUUCAAUUAGUAGGGAACGUACGUUAACUGAUGAACAUUGUAAUAUAGAUAAAUUGAAGAAUUUACAGACUACUCUUUGUGUCGAUGAUUUAGACACCUUAAAAGUCGAUAAUAUAAACGAAGCUAAAGAAAACUUGACGGAUUCAAUUUUGGUUAAGGCAGAAACCAAAGAUAUGUGUAAAAAUAUAAAAGAAUUAGCUGAAAAAUAUAAAAACGUAACCAUCGAUGAAUCGCCCGACGUUUUAAAUGAAAAUAUAGCUGCGUCCAUUAACGAUGACAAAGCUGAACAUACUGAACUUAGUGAAAUAAAUCAGACGUCCACGGAUAUGAACCUAAAACCGAAAGAUGUACCACUGUGUCAUAAGACUAAUAACAAUAACUUAGAACUGGUGUUACCGAAAUCUAAUGUAUCUGUCCAAAAUAAUGUUACGUUACUUUAUAGUGCAAAUUCAGAACUUAUGUUAAAAGGUUCUGAAUACAAAGAUCCAAAAAUUGGCACUUGUUACUUGUUUCCUUUGAGAAAAUAUUUAAAAAAAGGAGAGGAAAAUAAAGUUUUUAACGUAUUAACGGUUAAAACUGAGCAUUCAAAUAAUGGAGUAAUUGAAAACACACCUGAUGAAGAUGACUUCCAUAUUAUAAUUCCGAAAUUAACAUAUUCUAGACAUAGAAUGGAUACAAACUCAUCUUUGCAAUAUUUAAACAGUUUUAUCAAAAGGAAUUUAAAGAGGAAGAGAGGUUCAGUUGAUACUAAAAACAACGAGAAACGUUAUCGAAAAGGUAAAAAUAUAGACUAUCCUAAAUUAACAGUGACCGCUAUGGAAAAAUCUGCAUAUGUCAAGGAAUUUAAUCGAUUAAUAAAUUAUUGGAAUAAUGUUGAAUUCUCCUUUUCUCGAUCGUAUAAUGAAGUUGAAAACUUUGACGUAUGUGACUUAUUAAAAUCUUGGCCUAUACAAGGUACAAUGAAUGUUUUAACAAGUGAAUGUAAUGACGAAAAUGUCCUAUUCAUAUGCGAUAACGAUGAAGUCAAAUUUGAUAAUGAUCCCCUCCGAAAAUCAUUUGCUGAGGAACUAGCAUCGGAGUAUCAAGAAAAUGAAUAUAAAUCAAUCGAAAUUAAUGAAACUAAUUUUAGUAUGGGUUUUGGUGAGGGGUCCGACAGAGUCAUCCAAAGUUAUGUAGAUCGAAAUACUCUUCCAAAAAUUUCGGCUGCGACUCUGUCGGACGUAAAACAUGCCCAGCCGUUUUUAUCAUUCGAGUAUUCUGAGAAUUUGAAUAAAACAAGUGAAGAUAAAAUCGAAGUUACAGAGCGUUACAUUUCGUAUAUUCGUCUUAAAGACAAAGUCCGUUCCUUUUUCAAAAGGACUGCAAUCGAGCUCAAUAAAGAUUGGAUAUUAAAUAACACGAAAGAAUGUAAGAAUAAUAGCAAUAUGUAUGAAAACUCAAAUUUUCCAUUUGAUGUGAAUAACUUGGAUUUUUUUGGGGUACCUUAUUGUGAAUCAGUGGUACAAGUAGUUCAAGUGGGGCAGCUUCCAGUUAGCGCUGCAGCUCAAAAUCCGGUUACAUGUGAUCCACGCGUUACUCAAGUGACAGACGCUAGUCCACCACAAUGCUCUGCUGAAAAUAGUCCACCUGAUGGUUCUCAAGCCUCAAUGAAAACUGAAUAUACUGAAUUAACUACAGCUGAUCUAAGCAUUCCUUCCAUUCAAGAAUAUGAUAGACACAAUCAAACAAUGAAUAUGUUAUCUCAAGAAAAUCAUAAAAUGUCGUUCUCAGACGAGAACAUACCAAUAGAAACUGAGGUCAAUUCUAUCGUUAAAAUUGAAAUUGCUGAGGAAGUACUCGAAAAUGAAGAACAAAAUGAGAAUGUGGAAAAUGAACUUAUGAAUUCUGUAUCUAAUCAUGAUUCAAAUAGAAAUUACACGUUUGAUUCAAAUACUGUCAACUCAAUGGAUUCUCAGGAUGCAUUAUCAUUUGAAUCAUUAAAUAAUUGCACUCCGUAUUCUCAACAUGAGGAACAAAGUGAAUCGAGUGAAAAAACGGAUCAAAUUGCUCAUGCUAUGAAUGCUGCUGGUAUAAAUACACAUACUGAAUCAAUAAUAUCUGAGGAAUCACAAACAAUUGGAAAUGUUUUAUGCGAUAAGUCUAACGAAGAAUCGGGAAACGUAACACAAACUUCUCACGAAAGUUAUACCAAUACCACUACUAUUAGCGCUUUAGCUUUACAGCAAGCAUUAGCUCAAAUAUUACCACCACCUUUGAAUCGUACUAAUUCUUCUGAAAAUAAUAACCAAAAUUCUAAUACCCCUUCUCCUCAAGUUCUGCAUAUUGUGCAAGGGAAGAAUUCUUCUGUAAAUCAGCUUACAUUAGUUGAUAACUCUCAAAAAUCUGUUAUAAACGCUUCCAACUCCACACCUGUCCUGCAUAUAGUUCAAAAUAAGGGAACAUCAAACUCGUCAACAUCUUCUGCACAGCAAUCAAAUUCUUUCAAUGGUUUAUCUUUGGUUGAUGGUAGUAAUAUUCAACAAGGAAGCAACCAACUUCUACACAUAGUAAACUCUGGUUCGCAAAAAUCUAAUGGUAAUACUGGCCAACUACUUAAGCGUGUUAACCUAUUAACUAAUCUAAGCAAUGUCCAAGGUAAUACGGAACAAAAAAUGGUUCAGUUUGUGUGUAAAUCAGCUGAUGGAAAAUCAAUUCAACUGAACGCACCUCACCAACGAAGCAUGGUCCUGAGAUUACAACCUAUUGAAUCAACAAAUGUUCAAAAUAAUAAUUGUACCAAAAAAUCGGACAAUCAAAAUGAUUUGAACAGCAAUCAAACAACCAAUAUUACAAAUUCCACCAACGGCAAUGAAGGUAUGACAAUUCAACAAGAAAUAAAAUCUAGGUCAGUUUAUGAAGAAAAUUAUGCAAAAUUUAUUCAGAAUGCUGGAAAGCCCUCUGCUCCUGAAAAAUCUACAAGCCUUCCAAAAUUUAAUCAAGCAUUUGGUAAACAAGUUUUUCAAGAUGAAAACCAAAAAGUAAGUGACAUGAAUGAAAAUCAUUCGCAUAUGUCAUCCGUUAACACCACUAGUGAAAAUUCGGAUUGUCAGUCUGACAACUCAAUGAAUAUUGAACAAAUGGGUCAAAUGAGUAGUCCACCAUUACUGCUUAGAAAAUCACCUGUUCAGAUAACUUCGCAGUCGCCAUCGCAAUCAAAUUUAGUCCAACAAAUCAAACAAACCAUUACCCCAAUGAAUUUACAGACUAUGCAUGGCGGAGUAAUUUAUACGAGACAAAUACCUGUAAAUAUAGGAGGCGGUCAAACAAUAAACCUUAUAACAGUUCCGAGCACUGAACUCGUAGACGAUUCAAACCAAAAACAACAUAAUCAAUCUGACAUGGAACAGUCAAUUAUAAAAAUUGUGCCGCAGAAUCAAACAGCUUCAAAUACUGAGAUGACAUCUGAAGAUAAUAGAAACCAUGGAUCCAAUGACUGUAACCAAAGCACCCAACCUCAAGUAUUAACUCAAAUGCGUAUAAAAUUACCAAUGCUGAGCAAACCAUCACAGAUGGUUUCGGGUACAAGAGUUGUUCGACCUUCAUUUUUUCAAAUUCAACGUAAUGUAAUAGGAGGAGCAAAUCAACCGGUUUAUCAACAGCUAGUAUUGACCGCAGCACCUCCUCUUGGUCAGCAAACAAUUAGAUUACCGCAAACACAAACGAACAGAUUAAUUAAAAUUCCAUCUGAAACAAAUCAAACAUCACCGGAAUCUCAAAUGAGUUCUUCAACGCUAGAACAACUUCGAGAAUUUGACAUGGUCCUGGAACAAGUCAAAGAGAGAAGCACAGUUCAACCAAACCAAACGCCGACAAGUAACACAUUUAAUAAGAUACAUAUUUCAUCGACCGAUGCACCAGAAGUUACUCCGUCUUCAAACAUGGGUCCUUCUGAGUCUACACAACAAGUUUUAUAUACAAUAGGCAAUAAUGCAUCUUUAAAUGUCGCUUAUGUAAAUCGUAAAACUACUGUGACAACAUCUUCACCAUCGGUAUCGACUUUUGUGCGAUCUCCAGAUUCGUCAAAUAUAAACGAUUCACCGUCGUCAUCAUCACAGAAUCAAUUACCUCACAGUUCUUCAUCAGAAGCACAAACAAGUGAAAUGUCAUCAGCCCAGAAUCAACAUAAGGCAGCAAAAAUUAAUACAAAAACUAAAUCUAGGCCUAAGUCCUCUUCUCAUCCAUCUAGUUCUGUAAAAAUUAAUACUGUGACACCUAAACCAUCGACGCAAAAGCCUUUUGAAGAUGAACAAACAACUCAAAGGAUUCUUUAUAUACUGGCGGAAUACAAAGAACAGGUUGAGAACUCGCCUGACAAGGAUAAACCGGCACCGCGCAGAAGAUCUAAUCCUCCAUCGAACCCUGGAUCUUCAAAACGAAAGAAGAGUUCGAGCGGAUCUCGUCGUUCCGGCACUCGUGAUAUGAGCCCAGUACAUGGCGAAGACACUUGCAGGACAAUGGGAUCUGAAGACAGCAGUUGCGGUACUUCACAAGGGGAUUGCACUGAAAGUUGCCUAGACAGUCAUUCUCCUCAAGACAGUCCGCGAAAAGUUGCUAGAAAACUUACAUUUGAACAUGAAACUCCGACAUUACCGCCCCGUCCACAACCACAACGGAAUGUUAUAGUGGCAGACGGGCAGACAAUUACAGUCGCUCGAAGCAAUGCUGGUAAGCCAACUACAGCGGUCCUGAUGCCAGCAAAUUACAUCUUACCAGUCUCUAUGGUUAAGAGCGGUCAGCAAAUUGCAAUAGUUACCAACCGCGGUCCAAAAAUAUUGACAGUAGGUGGUGGGGAAGGAGGUGGUAAUGCUGUUUUGCUUCAACGUCUCAUCGGACCUGGACUUAAACCUGUUCUCGCUAGGCCGGGAGUUCGUCACGUGCGUUUGCCGGCUGCUGCUCUUCACAAUCUCCAAGCGUUCACUCUGGGUCAAGCUGCUGCGAGUCAGCAGCCGGAUAGCACGGCACCGUCCAUGACACCAAAUCCGCCGGAGUUGGUCGACACCCGCGCCACAGCAUCACCGUGGGCAGAGCGCGAAGGUCAAGACUCUAAACUGGAUAAACAACCCAGUCCCGAAUCCUCGGAACCGUGGAAUCUCACUUCUUCUGAUCCUCACGACUAUUCCUACGAGGAAAUAGUGCGGGGGGACAAUAUGGAUCGCACAGUGCUCGUUGUGCACAGAAAAGAUGGUACAACGCAACGCCACCAUCGGCUGACUCAUGUGUCUGCGGCAGCUUUAAGGCAUAGAUAUGCAAUAUUGGAACACGAACUACGGUUACAGAAGUCACUAUCAGAAGAAUGCGAGGACCUCGGCGUGGACUCCCCCUCAGCGUCAGAGCUGUUCCCUGAGGCGGAACUACUUUUCUCGUCAUCUCCGGCGCACGAGGCACCACACCAUUCACAUACGCCGCAACCGACCCUAAGCCAGAGCGUGCCCCAACCGGACAUGGACGACCAGAUAGCCACGGACCAGCUGAUCGGGGAACAGGUGCCUGAUGAAGAGGAGCUGAACAUGGCGCUGGGUUUGGAUGGUAUCGUGACGGUCAGCGGUGAUGGCACCAUCACGCUGGAUCCGCAGGAGUUUGCGAGGUCCCACCCAAAUACUACGUUCCAUAAGGAGCCUACAGAUGAAUCUGAGUUACAACCAUUCACAAUAGCCAACGUGAAAGGAAGGCACAUGACGUCGACAAUAUUCCACGCGUCCCGCGCGCCCGCUACCGUGCUAGUGACGGCGCCGCAAACCACCGUCAUAUCGCAGGCCACGCCCGAUGGCGGUGUGCAGAACAAUCUGAAAUACUCCGAAACAGCCACGCAAAGCUUGCCAACCGUCCUCGUCAAAGACAAUGGCGUGUCGAAAUUCGACUCAAUCCUCAACGAUCGGGAGCUGCACCUCUCCAACACGGCCUCGACCAUCAUACAUUCGUCCGGCAACGCGACCCAAGUCAUUCGCCGCGUGUGCUACGACGACGACAAAACUGACCCCAGAUUCCUGGACGCAAACCUCAUGGACGAUCCCAAAUUAGAAGACAGGGACGCGACGCUGGGAUCUAUGGCUGACGUCGACGAUGAUAGAUCCUCGCCGGAACGUUCAGAAAUGUUCUGGGAGUCGAACUCGGCGUCCGAGCGGUCCGAGUGCCGCCGGCCAUUAGACUUCAGCAGCGACAGCGACAAGUGCUGCAAGAGCCCUUUCGAGGAGAACAACUCGACGGACUCGAGCGGCAUCGGCACGAAUAUAAUGCGGCUAGAUUCCGUGAUUAAAGACGGGCGCGGGAUCGAAAGGAGCGGUAGCGCGGAUGGUUCGUCAGCGGAUGACACGCAUCCUCCAUUACGUACAUACCCGCCCAAGCGUAUGUUUCAUAAUACGGAAAGUGAAGCGGAAAGGAGCACGUCGGGCAAGACUCGCGCGGGCUCGUGCGGCGAGGCGCGGCGCCGCGCGUCCAACCGCGGCGUGGUGAAGCGCGGCUGCCACUGCUGCGGCGGCUCGCCCGCACCCACCAAACCCAAGAAGUCUCGGCCUAGGAAACCCACCACGGACUUCACAAACUAGACUUAACCCCGCCCCGUUGCGAGACUGAACGCGAUCUCCUGCACUAUAUCUAGCUGUAAAUCGAUAUUGUUGAACUUGUUUUGUAUAUAUUUAAAUGUAGCCUCGGUUCGCGUGUGAUCUAUUUUUGUUACGUUCGUUAUAAGUUUAGCGGGUUCCUUACGAGUUAGAUAAGUUCGGUCACCUGACAGUUCAAAUGAGUUUUCUUUUUUUAGAAGUCGAUUGCUUUCGGUUCGACCGUCGAUACUUCGCUUCGUGUACAUUAUUCGUAUCGUAUAGAUAAUAUAUGACUGUAUAAAGAUUCACUUCUUAGGCUUAAUUCUUAACGGUAAGUGUUUCCAUUAGGUGAUAAAAGCCAUACUCAAUAUGUGUAUUUAAUCUUAUAGCGUUAUAGGUAAUGAUAAAAAAAUAUAUUAUAAUAGCCCUUCUUAAUGCUAGACUGAUUUUGUAGCUGAUGCUAUUCGGAUUUUAAUAUUUUUUAUCGGCGUAUAGUUUUAAUCAGCGACUUCCAAAUCUGCACAAAUUUGAUAAGAGAUGUUUAGGAAUGUUGUUUAUUUUUUUUUUUCGAAUACAUAAAAAUCGGUGCCAACGUUUGGCGUGCUCCUUGCGUUCAUGAAGGGUGUUAUUUUACUGUACAUUUAAAGUACUCGUAGGAGUUAAAGUGUGGUAUAAUCCGGAUAGUGUAAAUAAUUUCGUCGCUCGAUGUUUAUUACGGGGACGCUCUAGUCACUAAACAGUUAAAUAUUUUUCCCUCGAUGGCGGUAUUCAGAUUUGUCUGAAUUUUUCUUGGCUUAAAGCCGUAUAAACUUACAGUAUUUCACCGCUUGUAUAUAACAUAGAUACGAUUAUAUUACAUUGUCUUGACGGCGCGGCGUGUUUCUCGUAUCUUGUAAAUAAAAAUAAAGACUUAGUGAAAUUAGCGGAUACGGACCCUAUUUCGGUCCCAUAGUAAAUUGUAUUUCAAAUAUGUUUCUGUGUACUCGUAAUCGAGUUGAAAUAAUCAUAGUUCGUUAUUUCGAGUAGACGUAAGAUAGACUUAUUAUUAGAUAACAUUAAUACGCGCCUCCGGUUUUCUCUUGGAAGGAUAGGAAUUUUUAAUGUGAGCCGAAUUGGAAGGAUUGAGAAUAUCGGAUAGAGGCGUUUUCAGUGUUGUUUACGAAUUUUGUGACUUUUGGAACAGUUUAAUAUAUUUUUUUUCUCUUGACGAUUCUGACGUUUCUUACGAUAAGAUUUCGAUUUUUUAUAUCACAUGCGUUGUUAUUGUUUAAUAUUGCUGGUAAGAUUACCUUCGAUAUUAAUUCUUCUAUAAAGUAUUGCUGAAGCGUUUUUUGUUAUAUUUUAAACUUGGAUGUUUUAUUAGCUGUGUAUAAACUUUGGUGUUAAGAAGGUUACAUCAUUAUUUUAUAAUUUACCGGAAAUGUGUUUUCUUGAUUAUGUAAACGUACUACUAAAAGUGCUACAUAAAAAAUGAUCAUUAAAACUUAACUAUUAAAUA